AUGGAAACAUACGAGUCCUAUUUGAGAGAAUUAGUAACACGACUAAUUGAAAUUAGAAGAAUGGUAGCCAAAAAUUUAAUUCAGUCAAAAGAAAAGAUCAGAAAAAAAUUAAGCAACAAAACAAAACCCUUGGACGUGAAAAUAGAAGACUUAGUAGACGUUAAUGAAGAAAAUGAUAAAAAGGGAUUGAGAAUAGAUAAAGACGGCUAUGUACAUGUGUAUACUGAUGGAGCUUGUAAGGCAAAUGGUAAACCUAAUGCACAAGCUGAAAUAGGAAUCUGGUUUAACCAAGAACACCCCUUAAAUAUCAGCGACAAAGCAUGUAAUAGGCAGACUAAUAAUAGCGCAGAAAUGGAAGCCAUCAUAAAGGCCAUAGAAAUUCUGAAAAAUUUAAAUUAUAAGAAAAUUAGGAUACACACCGACUCUAAAUUUGUAAUAUACGGGAUAAAAGAGUGGCUACCUAAAUGGGAAAAUAACGGCUGGAAAACAAGCCGAAAGCGAGAAGUCAUUAGUAAAAAGGACUUUGUAAAGAUGAAAAGUAGUUUAAAUAACCUAGAAGUAGAACUAAUAUACGAACCAGGACAUACUGGAAUAAUAGGAAAUAAAGGAGCAGAUAGAUUAGCCAAAUUAGCAAUAGAAAACUAA